AUGAAGAGCCAUGUGCUUCUUGAGACCUGCCAGUUAAGUGUUGCGAUUUUUGGGCCCUAUCUGAUGGAGCUGCUAAAGGGAUUGCCAUGGCGCCGUGCUUUCCUGGCUGUUAUCCUGAACCUGCUGGCUCUCAGCCUCUCCACCACUGCCUUGCUCAGCAGCUACUGGUGCACCGGGACCCAGAAAGUGCCCAAGCCUUUGUGUGGGAAAAGUAAAGCCACCAAGUGCAUCGGUGUCCCCAUGCCGCCUGACGCAGGUGCUAGCAAUGUUUCAUCCCAGGAUGUGGUGCACUACAGCUGGGAGACCGGGGAUGACCGCUUUGCCUUCAGAUACUUCCACACGGGGAUGUGGCUUUCCUGUGAAGAGAGCAUGGAAGGGCCAGAAGAGAAAUGCCGUAGUUUUAUUGAGCUUUCACCACCAGCAGAGAGAGGAAUCCUGUGGUUGUCGCUGGGAUCUGAGAUGCUGUACAUCAGCUUGCUGCUCAUCAGUUUCAUCCUCCUGAUGGUGGAAAUGCUGCAUACUGGCAAUCCUGUAUGUGGAUUGAAGCUCAACGCCUUUGCUGCUGUCUCCUCGGUGCUGUCAGGUCUCCUUGGGAUGGUGGCACACAUGAUGUACACUCAAGUCUUCCAGGCAACAGUUAGUCUGGGACCAGAAGAUUGGAGACCGCACUCAUGGGACUACGGCUGGGCAUUCUACACGGCCUGGGCCUCCUUCACCUGCUGCAUGGCCUCUGCUGUCACCACUCUCAAUACCUACACCAAGACGGUACUGGAGUUCAAAAGGAACCACAUUAAGGGCUACAAUGGGAGCCUCAAGGAUCAGCCUCAGCACCACCAGUGCUUCAUACAGCAGCAGAUAAGCGGCUACUACGACCCCCAAGACAAGCCCCUCCAUUCAGUCUCUGAGGGAGUCGAUUUCUACUCUGAGCUGCAGCAGAAAGUGCUACAGCGGGAACCAGAGCUGGAGCUGGAUGAGGUUUUGGGACAGACGACUGGGGAGGAUCGCUGUUAG